AUGUCGAGCGACGAAGAUAAACCACCUGCACCUCCAGUGCGUUUAACAAGUAACCGGGCCACUGACCGAGUAGAUUCUGUAGCUUCAGUUGACAUGAGGCCUCUUCCUAAAGAACCAGAUGACAGUGGAGAUAGGAAAAAGAAAACAUUAAAGGCCAAAAUUAAAGGUUCUAAAAGCACUGCACAUAAUGAUAAUAAACCAAAUAUUAGCUAUCCAACCAACUUUGAACAUACUGUUCAUGUCGGCUUUGAUGCAGUGACAGGAGAAUUUACACUGCCUAUAACAGGCAUGCCAGAAGCUUGGGCACGGCUACUGAUGGCCUCUAAUAUUAGCAAACAAGAACAGAAGAGUAACCCACAGGCUGUUCUUGAUGUGCUGAAAUGGUAUGAUGCCUCUGCUACACAACCACCUCCAUCUAAAUACAUGACAUCUGCUCAGAUGCAUACAACACAUUCAGGUUCCUCAGUGUCCAGAGUGUCGUCCAGUAGUCCCUCAUCGUCGACGCCAACGGAUACAGAACACCCAGAGCCUCCACCUCCUCCACCUUCACGACCCGAUCGUACUAAGAGUAUUUACACAAAACCUAUAGAAGAAGAAGAAGCGCCUCCACCACGCCCUGCGCCAGCGCCGGCGCCGGCCUCCCCGCCUCACGUGCCCCAUCCUGCUCUUACGACGCACUCUAUAUGCAGUCGGGGAGAGACCGUGGCAGUGUUGGACCGCAACAAGAACCCGGCGGGCGCGCAAACACCUCCUGCGCUCGCGCCGCACCCCGCGCUCCCCGCGCACCCGCAGCCCGCGCCGCCCGCCAACGGCGCGCCCGCCACUGAUACUGGAAGGGCAACAGGACAGCAGCAACGGAAAAAGAAAAUGACAGAUGAGGAAAUAUUAGAGAAAUUACGAACAAUUGUCAGUGUCGGAGACCCUAAUAGGAAAUAUACAAAAAUGGAGAAAAUUGGUCAAGGUGCCUCUGGAACGGUUUACACGGCGAUCGAGACAUCAACCGGAAUGGAAGUAGCAAUUAAACAAAUGAAUUUGAGUCAGCAGCCCAAAAAGGAAUUGAUCAUAAACGAAAUCCUCGUUAUGCGGGAGAACAAACACAAUAAUGUAGUCAACUACCUCGACAGCUACUUAGUUAAUGAGGAACUGUGGGUGGUAAUGGAGUACCUCGCUGGCGGCUCGCUGACGGACGUGGUGACGGAGACGUGUAUGGACGAGGGACAGAUCGCGGCGGUGUGUCGCGAGGUGCUGCAGGCGCUGCACUUCCUGCACACCAACCACGUCAUCCAUCGGGAUAUAAAAUCUGAUAACAUCUUACUGGGACUUGAUGGCCAGGUUAAGCUCACGGACUUUGGUUUCUGUGCUCAAAUAUCUCCUGAGCAAAAUAAAAGAACAACCAUGGUUGGAACGCCAUAUUGGAUGGCGCCCGAAGUUGUCACCAGAAAACAAUAUGGCCCUAAGGUAGACGUGUGGUCACUGGGAAUAAUGGCGAUCGAAAUGAUUGAAGGAGAACCGCCGUAUCUCAAUGAGAAUCCGUUGCGCGCUCUUUACCUGAUCGCUACUAAUGGAAAACCAGACAUCAAGGAUAAGGAAAAACUUAGCACUGUCUUCCAGGACUUCCUCGAUCAAUGCCUGGAAGUCGACGUUGAGAGGCGAGCUACCGCUCUCGAUUUGCUUAAGCAUCCAUUUUUAAAAAUGGCGCGGCCGCUCGCGUCGCUGACGCCACUGAUCAUGGCGGCGAAGGAGGCAGCCAAGGGGCAU